UGUCUUCUUUGCCAUCCAAUUCAUUCUUUGUUAAAGUCUGUGGGGUAUAACACAUUUUGGAUCACCAUUUGCUUUCAUAUAGUCUUUUCCAGUGACAUCCCUGCUUGUUUCAGCAAAACCAUGCCAAGCCACCUUCUGCAUGUGUUACAAUAGCGUGGCUUUAUAGUAAGAGGGUUCCAGUGCUACACAGGUUUUUCUGUUGUCCAGACCUGUCUCACAUUAAACACAUGUGGCACAUUGUAAAGCACAGUUUACAUUGAAGUUUCCUCUCAGGCAAAGGUGACAGUUUGGGUUUUCUUUCCAAACUUAGCAAAUAGACCACUGUUACAUGUACUGGUUCAGUUUUGUACAGAUGGCCAUGGAAUCCAAAGUUACUUAGAAAUUACUUUAAGUGACAAUUGUGGCUUUCUGAGAGUCAGCCGAUGUAGUCAAUUAUAGUCAGUAAUGAGGCAUUAGGAGGUCAUGCCAAGUUAAAUGAAAAUUUUAACAGUAUUAAAAUAAUUAUAUGAGUUGCUGUCUAUGUUUUGAUAUAAAAAAAACCCCACAAUAAACAUAAAAAACCCAAAGUAGAACAGUGUUACAAGCUGUUAGAAUUUAAAUACUCUAAUGAAGUGUUCUUACAAGUGUGUCAAGUUGGCUUAAGAUGUUCAUGCCAGAAUGUCAUAGUUCAAGCUAAUAUUUUACCCGUGAGGGUAGGACUUUAAUCUCUGAAAUGAGAUGAUAUUUAUCUCCUUGUUGGAAUCUCAAGCUGCAUGUAAUGUUGAAGGAGAACCAUGUUGCUCUUAUGAUGGAUCUUAUCAACCUGAGGUCAAUUUUCUUUGGACUAUUCCUUCUUAUUGCUCAGUGUCUCAUAGAGGCUGAAGAUGCCCCCAAACCCAAUUUUGUACUCAUGAUGGUUGAUGAUUUGGGCAUUGGGGAUGUUGGUUGCUACGGGAACAAUACAAUAAGAACCCCGAACAUAGAUAGGUUGGCACUGGAAGGAGUAAAACUGACUCAGCACAUUGCAGCUGCUCCUCUCUGUACACCAAGCAGAACUGCGUUCAUGACCGGACGUUAUGCAUUGCGUUCAGGUCUGGGCAGUACAGGAAGAGUGCAGGUGAUCCUUUUUCUUGGUGCUUCAGGAGGUCUUCCUCCCAAUGAAACCACAUUUUCUAAACUUCUACAGAAGCAGGGUUACACUACAGGACUUGUGGGUAAGUGGCACCUGGGUGUGAGCUGCAGUAGCAGGAAUGAUCACUGCCAUCAUCCCAAUAACCAUGGUUUCAACUACUUCUAUGGUCUUCCCUUCACCAAGUUUAAUGACUGCCAGCCUGGAGAGGCCACUGACAUACUAGCUGACCUUCAGGAUGCACUAUGGAAUAUUUUCAUGCUGUUAGCGCUGGCAUUGUUGACUCUAAUUUUGGCAAAAAUGACUGGAGUACUGGAAAUGAGGUCUAAGAUGCUUGCUUUUCUGGUAGUGCUGUAUGUUUUGGCUUUUUUGACGUGGUACAUCCCGUUUGCAUUCUUGAGAACCUGGAACUGUAUUAUUAUGAGGAACCAGAAAGUGGUGGAACAACCACUGAACUUGGACACACUAACUGAGAAGCUGAUGUAUGAAGCGGAGCAAUUUGUAGAGAGGAACCAGAACAGACCCUUUCUGCUGUUUCUGUCUCUGCCUCAUGUCCACACGCCGCUGGCCAUUUCUAAACAAUUUACAGGAAAAAGCAAGCAUGGACUUUAUGGAGACAACAUAGAGGAAGUGGACUGGAUGAUCGGCAGAAUGAUGAAGACCAUUGAGAAGUUAAAUCUUGCUGAGAGGACUCUGAUGUACUUCACAUCCGAUCAUGGAGGAGACAUUGGAAUUUCAGAUUGGCAGGGGGCAAAAGGAGGCUGGAAUGGAAUUUAUCGAGGUGGUAAAGGCAUGGGUGGCUGGGAAGGUGGCAUUCGAGUACCAGGAAUUCUCCGUUGGACAAAACGUCUUUCAGCUGGAAAAAUCAUUCAUGAACCAACAAGUCUAAUGGACAUUUUUCCCACCGUGGUGAAGCUGGCAGGAGGAGAGCUGCCCAACGACACGAUUCUGGAUGGCCACAGCCUGCUGCCAUUGUUAGAGGGGAAAACAAAACGUUCAGAACACGAGUUUAUGUUUCACUACUGUGGAGUUUAUUUACAUGCAGUGCGUUGGCAUCCUCGUGAUAGCGAUUCAGUCUUCAAAGUCCACUUCUUUACUUCAAAUAGCAACACAUCCUUCAGAUGCCAUGGUGACAGCGUCACACAGCAUGAUCCACCGCUCGUCUUUGACAUUAUCUCUGACCCCUCUGAGGCUAAACAGCUGAUGACUGGUACAGAGCCUUGUCUGGCCGAGGUGCUGAGGCAAGUGAGAAGCGCUGUUGAGGAACAUCGCCGCACUCUGACGUCCCCCACUAACCAGCUGUCCUGGCCGAACGUGCUGUGGAAACCAUGGCUGCAGCCGUGUUGUGGUGUCUUCCCUUUCUGUUCAUGUUCUGAGAGCUCCAGGGUAUAGAAAGCCCUGAUGAUGAGGGUAGAACAUUGUGUUCUCUACCAGACUGACUUUUUUUUUUCACCUUGUGUUUGAAUUAAAAGUUCUAUGAUGUCUUUAAGUUUGUGGUAUGCCCUUCUAACUUCUGGUUACCGGUGAGGACUGACUGCAGCUGGGGUCAUAUCUGUGCCGAUAUAAAUCAAUUGACUUACAAGAUCAAGAUCAGGAAAAACAAAUGUCACAUUACACUCAGAGGAAAUGUGUUGAUUAAAUUGAUUAAAUGUAAUGUAAUCCCCAGAACCAAAGUUCGCCAUUAAUUAGAAGCUGCUAUUACAUACAAUGCUGUGAGAAAAAGUAUUUGCCCCAAUUCAUUGUAUUCUUGCAUAUUUGUCAUUAAAUUACUUUUAAU